CUCUCCCAACCUUAGACCUGGCCAGGUUGCGCCGUCUUCUCCCUGCUGGCAGAGGCUGGGGCACCGGGCAAGAAUUCUGCUGUGGAGCUGCAGAUAACCGGCAACCUUGUGGCCAUGCAGGCCUCCACGUCACAUUCCUGCUAAAGUCCAAGAGCUCAAGGAGGUGUCACCGGCCCGCGUGGAUGCAAGAUGACACCGUCCCCAGGAAUAUAAGUACAGACUGGCUGCCCGGCAGAGCUGCAGAAGCCUCCCUGGAGAAGGUCUGUUCCUGACAAGACUUUGGCCGCCACUUCCUGCCAGCUGCCAUGUCUCCGAAAGCAGCCGCUUUCCUCCUUGGACUCUUGGUUGCCACCACAGGGGCCCAAGACAGCCCCUCGCCCCAACAGCUGACUGACUUGGUCUGGCAGUACUUCACCCAGCUGAGCAGCAAUGCCGAGGCGGCCCUGAGGCAGGCCCAGCAGUCGGACAUCGGCAAGCAGUUCACGGUCCUGAUCCAGGACCACUUCCCGGCCAUCAACCCCUACACCGAGGAAAUACAGAAAAAACUGAUCCCGUACAUCGCCCAGCUGCACACCCAGAUAAGCGAGGAGGGGGAAAAGAUAAAGGAGAAACUCAGGGUGGAGCUGGAGCAGCUGCAGAUGGACAUCGCUCCCUUCGCGGCGGAUGUCCAGAACCAGGUGGCCACGACGGCCGAGAACCUGAAAACCCAGCUGGUGCCCUACGUCGAGCAGCUGCAAGCCACGACAGACACCCUGGCCACCCAAACUGCCCAGAAGCUGGCCUCCUUAGUGCAGGAGCUGCAGGCCCAGGUGAAGGAGAACGUGGGCGACCCAGCCGCCCUCUCCCCCUACCUCCAGAGGCUCCAGCAGACCGUCAACCAGCAGGUGGAGGACAUCAAAGUGCAGCUGGGCCCUUUCCCGGCCGAGCUGAAGGCCAAGGUGGACCAGGCGGUGGGGGAGCUGCACAAGCACCUGUCCCUCUACGCCCAGACCACGCCGGAGCAGCUGAGGCGGCAGCUGGAAGAGCUUUCCUUCCAGGUGGAAAAGAGCGCCGAGGCCUUCCGGGAGAAGCUCCAGGGAGAAGCCGAGCAGCUGCGGGGGCGGCUGGAGACCCUUCUGCAGGGAGACCUGGCGUCCCACCUGGACAGCCUGAAGGGGGACAUUGGGCAGCAGAUUGAGGAGUUCCGUCAGCAAGUGGGCUCCUACGGGGACAGCUUCAACCACCUGGUGGUGGAAAGGGUGCAGAAGCUGGGCCAGAGGCUGCAGCCCCACGCCAGCGGGGUGGAGGACCACCUGAGCUUCUUGGAGAAGGAAGUCAAGGAGAAGAUUGUGGCCUUCGCGGACAGCCUCCAGCAGACCGAGGAACGCCUCCUUCCCACCCUGGAGGAAGAAUGAACACGGGGAGCCCAGCAGCUCUUCCAGGGGACCCCGAGGCUUUGUUGCUUGAAAUAAAAGAACCGCUCAG